AUGAAAGCAGGGGGCAUCUUCCUCCUCCUGGGGCUUCUGGCCCUCUGGGCUGAGCCACCACCUGCUCCUGCAAACCUUUGUAGACUCCCUGCUGACCCCGGGGCCUGUUAUGCCAUGAUCCCUCACUGGUUCCAUGACUGGCAGGCCAAGAAGUGUGAGAAAUUCACCUAUGGAGGUUGUGAUGGGAAGAAGAACAACUUUGAGACUCAAACAGAAUGUCUCAGGAAGUGCGGCAGGCACGAUAUCCGCAGCCUCCCCACUGAAAUGGGCCUCGGUGCUGCUGCCAUUCCUCGAUGGGUCUGCAACUGGCACGCUAAGAAGUGUGAAGAAUUCUCUUACGGUGGCUGCCGUGGGAACAAGAACAACUUUGAGACUAAAGUCGAUUGUCUCCAGGCCUGUGCAGGCCAGGGUUAUCAGGCCAAAUUUUAA